AUGGAGUCCCAGAAACCAGUCCUUGUCAUCGUGCCAGGCGCUUACCACCGGCCUUUCCAUUACCGCAAGAUUAUCGACCCACUGCGCGCCCAGGGGUAUGAAGUGCUUUCUUUUGACUUGGCUGUAUGCGGAGAAGACGUGGACCCCGAACUGAGCUUCUUCGACGAUGCUGCUUCUAUCAAGGAGCAUUUACUCCCACUACUCGACGAAGGCAAGAAGGCUGUCAUCAUUUCUCACAGUUAUGGCUCCCUGCCCGUGACCGCGCUCGUCGACGGGCAAACAGUUGCUGAGCGUGCUGAGAAGGGCUUCAAGGGUGGAAUCGCUGCAGUUAUCAAUAUAGCCGGAUUUGUGUUCCCUAUUCGCGGCAAAAGUAUCUUUGGCAAUGAGCAGAACCCCCCUCCACCCCCUUACCAGAUCUGGAAGGAUGGGAUUGCACAUCUCCAAGAAACGGCCAAAUCAGUCUUCUAUUCCGAUCUCGCUCCCGAGGAAGCCGAUGACGCAUGGGCUCACCUACACAAGAAACAAACUACGAAGAGCUUUGACACAUGGCCUCAGUGUGUAGAGAGUGAAUACCGGUGUCCGAAGACCUAUAUCCUGUGUGAAAAUGAUACAGCGGUGCCUCCUAUGUUCCAGGAACAGAUGGCUGGGCUUGGUGGGUUCGACAUUGUCCGGGUCAAAUCAAGCCACGCCCCAUUCUGGACUAUUCCCGAGGAGGUUGUGGCAAUCGUGACGAAGGUCGCUGAAUCUGUCAACUAG